AUGAAAGAUAAAGAACCAACCAUCACAACUGGUGAUGGUACGACCACUAGUAGUAGUAGUAGUACUGGUGGGUCUAGUAGUACAAGUACAACGACGACAACAACAACGACUACAAUGGCUAGCAAUGGUAAUGGAGUGGAUAUCAAAGAAAAGAAAUCAUCAUCAUCGUCAGAGCAUAAUAAUCAUUCCCGAAACAAGCAAGAUAGUAGUAGUAACCGUAAAUAUAAUGGUGGUGAUGGUAGGGAUAGGGACAGAGAUAGAGAGACAAGCAGUGGUAGUGGUCAUGGAGGAGACAAAAGAGACCGUGAUACUACUCCAAGAGAUAGUCUUCGCGAUAGUCAUGGAGGAGAUAGAGAUAGAGAUAGAGACAGAGACAGAGACAGAGACAGAGAUAGGGAUAGACACCAUAAAGAUAACAGUAGUCAUGGAGGUGAGAAGGAUAAACACCGAUCAGACACCACUAAAGAUAGAGAUAGAGACAGAGACAGAGACAGAGAUAGAGAUAGAGAUAGAGAUAGAGAUAGAGAUAGAGAUAGAGAUAGACACCAUAGUAGUAGUAGUAGAGAUACCAAUACCAAAGAUAUCGCUACUACUAGUCAUCAUGGAGGAGAUAGAGAUAAUAGAAAUGGUGACAGAUCAAGAGGAGGAGGAGGAGGUGAUAGGGAUCGCGAUAGAGAAAGAGAUAGAGAUAGAGAUAGAGACAGAGAUCGCGAUCGUAGAGACCAUGGUAAAAGGGAUUCUUCACAUCCCUCCUCUUCUUCCACCUCAUCAACCUCGUCCACCUCUACUUCUACUUCGACGACUAGUAGUAGGCCAAGUAGUGGUGGUAGUUCUAGUUCAAAAGGAUCAUCAUUGCCAUCGCUACACCAUGACGACAAAAAGGUACCAUCAUCAUCGUCGUCAUCGUCAUCGACCAACAACAGGGAAAAGAAUACUAUAUCAUCGUCAACUACGUCAACUUCAAAUGGAUCGUCGUCAUCUUCUUCCUCUUCUUCAUCUUCAUCAUCAUUAUCAUCAUAUUCAAAUCGACCAUCAAAUGGUACUCAUCAUCAUCAUCAACAAGAUAACCCUAACCCUAAACCCAAACCAACAACACCACAAUCAAGCUCAACAACACCGUCAGAUACAUCACCAUCAAAACCAACAACAACAACAAAUAAUAUCACACCAAGCAAGAAACUAUCACCAGCCAAACCGAUUACUCCAGUGGAAUCGUCCCAUUCGCCAUUGUCACCACCUAGUCCACUCAAAAAGACUGGGGCAACCGAGAAAAUACAGUAUUCACCGUUCCAUCCAAAAUAUAUUCCAUCUGCAUCGGACCAUCCACUUGGCAAUCCAACACCCCUCUUUGAUCUACACAGCAAGCCACCAUCUAUAUCCAACUUUAGAUCUCCUCGAAAAGAGACCAUUAUGAUCACUCCUCCCACUGCUGCUCCAAAGGUCAGCAGUGCUACUCAGGGUCAGACUCAGACUCAGGGUCAGGGUCAACCUGAAAUGGUGCGAAAAAGAGGUAGACCAAAAAAGAAUCCUGACCAAAGAACACCACCACGACCUACCCCUACAAAAAAAAAGGGUGGAAAAAGAGGAAGACCUAAAAAGAAUCCUGACGCAGAGACAACAACAACAACAACUGGAACUGGAAUACCAACUCCAAAAAAGAAGAUUGGAAGACCAAGAAAAAUUGACAUUGAAGCAAGAAGAAAGGAGGAGGAGAAAGAGAAAGCGAAAGCGAUCCAACGUAAAAUAGAGAGAGAAAAAGAGAUACAACUUAGAAAAGAAAAGGACAAUGAAAGUAGUAGUGAUAGCGAUAGUAGUAGUAGUGAUAGUGAUAGUGAUAGCGAUAGUAGUAGUGGUAGUGGUAGUGAUAGUGAUAGUAGUAGCAGCAGCUACGAUAGCGAUAGUGAUAGUGAUAGUAGUAGCAGUAGUGAUAGUGACUCUGCUGCAUCUCGUCGACCUGUUAAGAAGAAAUCACCAAAACUACCACCUAUUGCCAAACCAUCACCACUCAAACGGAAAAAGAUUAUUCACGAUGAAGAGGAUGAAGAUGUUGAUAUGACUCUUGACGACGAACCAAACAAACAACAAGAAUCAAACAAACAAGAAUCAAAUAUUAUAAAUCAACCAUCAGAACAACCAAAGGAAAAGGAAAUUGAAAUUGAAAAGGUAAAGGAGAAGGAAAAGGCAAUGGAAAUCGAAAAGGUCGUUGAAAAGGAAAAGGAAAAGGAAAUCACAACUCCAAUGGAAAUAGUAGGAGAUGGAAUACCAACGACGAUAUCAUCAACGAUAGAAAAAGUUACAACUGUAACUGAAAAGGAAGUUUCAAUCACAACUCCAACUCCAAUGGAAAUAGUAGGAGAUGGAAUACCAACGACGAUAUCAUCAUCAACGACAACUAAUACGACAACAACAACAACAACACUACUUGAUAAUAAUAAUAAUAAUGAAAAUGUAAACAACACAACCGAAACAACAACAAAUAAGAAUACUGAUACAUUGAAUGGAUCAGUGUCAUCUACGCCAUCUACAACCUCAUCAACAACCACAUCACCAACUUUGACCGCUGAAAAUGGAGAACCAAGAUAUACAAUGAGAACAGUAUUUAGUAAACAAAAGAAAAAGUAUCCUCCACCAACUGCCUUGGCAGCCACCGAUACCAAACCAAAACCUCCACCAAAAAAGAAAAUAGUCGAGGAGGAUGAUGGAACAAUGACAAUGGAAUUUGACGAAACCGAAACAUACAAACCAUCCAAAAAAUCAAGAUCAAAGAAAGUCGUCGUCGAAGAGGAUGAUGAAGAAAUGAUUGAUGAUGAAGAAGAGGUGGAUGCAGAAGGAGCAGGAGAAGAGGCACCCAAAAGAGCUAGAUAUCAUAGAAAGGAUCUAAAUGAUGCAUUGGUUCAAAGUUUUGUUGAUGCUGGUGAAGUCCCUCAUAAUACCAUUGCCGUCCUAAUUCAAAGAAUUAGAGGUAAAGUUUUUAAAUUUACUGGUUCAAAUAUAUAUCUUGAAAGAAAAAAGAGAACUGAAGAACAAGAAAAUAUUAUUAUGUGUAAUUGUCCAGCAGAAUCACCGUGUUUGGAAAGUUGUUUAAAUAGAAAAUCAUAUUUCGAAUGUCAUUCAGGUUAUUGUAUUCAUGGAGAUAGAUGCAGAAACCAAAGAUUCCAAAAACAACAAUAUUGUAGAAUUCUACCUUUUAGUGCUGAAAAGAAAGGAUGGGGAUUAAAAGCAGUUGACAAUAUUGGAGCCAAAACAUUUAUUAUUGAAUAUUGUGGAGAAGUGAUUUCAAAACAAAAAUGUUUGGAAAGAAUGACAGAAUCAGAAUCGGAGAAAUACUUUUAUUUUUUGACACUUGAUCGUUUAGAGUGUUUGGACGCAUCGCGUAAAGGUAAUCUUGCAAGAUUCAUCAAUCACAGUUGCGAUCCAAAUUGUGAAACUCAGAAAUGGAAUGUGGAUGGAGAGGUUCGAAUUGGUAUCUUUGCCAUUAGAGAUAUCAAGAGAGGCGAGGAGUUGACGUUUGACUACAACUAUGAACGUUUUGGAACGUCAAAGCAGGUCUGCUACUGUGGUGCUGCCAACUGUCGUGGAUUCCUUGGUGAGAAGGCUCCAACCGAAAAGAAAUAUAAAAAGGAUGUGCCUUUGAUUGUAUCACGCCAAUCGUUUACCAUUGACCAUCGCGAGAACCAUGUCCGCUACUGUUUUGGCGAGCAACAAGAUAUCAUCCCGUUGCCAUACUACUAUGAAACAGAGUUGCGUGGUGACAAUGAAGAAAAGUUUAUCCGUACUCGAAAGUUGUUCCUCAUGCGCAAUUGGAAAACUGUCAGAAAGGGGUACAACAAUAUCCUCAAACGAAUAUACUAUGAUUAUGAUAUACCAAUUGAACAUCAACAAUUAAUUGAAUGUAAUCAUUAUAAUAAUAUUGAUGAUGAUGAAUUUGACCAAAAUCAAAAUCAAAAUCAAAAUAAUCAAAAUAAUAUUUCUGGUAGCAAGAGAAUUGCAAAUAGAACAAAGAAUAACAAUACCACACAACUUCAACAAUAUUUAAAUAAUAUGAUUGAUCAAAAUAAUAGUAAUACUAGUACGUCAACAACAUCAACGACAUCGACAACAACCUCAACAACAAUAACAUCACCAAAAAAUAACAACAAUGGGAAAAGAAAAAAGAGAGGAGCCAACGACAAGACACCCAAAAAGAAAUCAAUAUUUGAUGUCAUGGAUUAUUUAAAGAAACAACAACAACAAACCCAAUCAACUACGAAUAAAUAA